AUCAAAACGCCCUCCCUUAGCACCUACUUCGCAAAUCGUUAUCGCUAGCCCUCUACCUUUCUUAUAGACAUCUAAUUCACUUUAUUGCCAACUGCGUACGAGCGCUGCAAGUUAUCUCGGCGUACAUUUAUAAUGACGAUGUCAGCUACCACAAUAACCCGAGAUGGCUCAACGCCUACGUCCUUUCAAGACCUCUCCAUCGAACUCCAAUUACAGAUCUGGACGUGCGCUCUCCCAGGCCCUCGAAUUAUCCAACUGCAUUAUCUGAAUGGUGUCUUCUUCUUCCGUGGUGCUCCUCCUCCACUGGUACUUCACAUAUGCCGAGCUUCUCGAGAAGUAGGCCUCAAAGUUUUUGAGAGUAUUUUUGAUCUCAACGAUAAGCCGAUAUAUAUUAAUUUCGCUUACGACACUCUCCAUCUCGCUACCAGCCCUCGGAUGUGUAAGCAAUUUACUAGCUUAUACCCUGGAAUCACAGAGAAGAUCGAGUCUCUUGCGGUUGAAAUAACCUCGGAAGAGGAGCGCGAGGAGGCAGUUAUCAAUAUUGUCACUUCACAUCUCAGUAAACUUAGGGAACUCAUCUUUGUCGCCGGAGGAGGAAUGGAGAGGAUGUUAGCAAUCAAGUAUCCAGAGAAAGUUAUGUUUCUUGAGCCAGAACCUAUGCCCGAUCCCUGGCGGCAUUAGAAACCCUGGACGGAGCUUAUGUCCCACUUUAAAGGUUGUGUAGUGCGAGUUGUGCGAGCCGAGAUAGUUUGUGGAGGUAGCAGGGACGAUGAUCAGUGAGGGCAAACAUCACAGAUGACGUCGUUAAGCCAUUGUCAAAUCUUUACUUUCUAUCCUUCCUUGCUAUAGGCUCUCUAAGCUUCUCUAUCGUUCACUUCCGAAGAUUUCCGCCCUUUCUUCCUUCUUCUCCCCUGAUAACCGU